AUGGCCGAGCAGCCUUCGGGGCCGGAAAGAGGGCCAGACAAACGAGCCCCAUCUCCACGGGUCAGUCAUUACGGGCCGGCUUUCGUCUCGUUUCGUUUCGUUUCGUUUCGUCUCGUUUCGUCACAUUCCCUCGAGCCAUCCUGUCGACAGGAGGGUGGUCGGACGCCCACCAACGGCCAAUGGGCCGUGCUACAUUUUACGAUGAAAUGCUCGGUCCGACCGUGUGCGGUAGGUCGGGUCGGUAGUGAACGCGGCUCGUCGGAGGAGGAGUGCGUCGGGAGGUGCGAUUGGAGUCGAGGCACAAAAGGCCUCCCAACAAGUCGUAAUGACCAGCUUGGUCGCAGCCACUUGUGA